UCCGCGAGCAGUGCCACCCGAGGCCGGGGCAGCUCUGUUGGCGGGGGCAGCCGACGGACCACGGUGGCAUAUGUGAUCAACGAAGCGAGCCAGGGGCAACUGGUGGUGGCCGAGAGCGAGGCCCUGCAGAGCUUGCGGGAGGCGUGCGAGACGGUGGGCGCCACCCUGGAAACCCUGCAUUUUGGGAAACUCGACUUUGGUGAAACCACCGUCCUGGACCGCUUUUACAAUGCAGAUAUUGCGGUGGUGGAGAUGAGCGAUGCCUUCCGGCAACCAUCCUUGUUUUACCACCUUGGGGUGAGAGAAAGUUUCAGCAUGGCCAACAACAUCAUCCUCUACUGUGAUACUAACUCGGACUCUCUGCAGUCGCUGAAGGAACUCAUUUGCCAGAAGAAUACUAUGUGCACUGGGAACUACACCUUUGUUCCUUAUAUGAUAACGCCACAUAACAAGGUCUACUGCUGUGACAGCAGCUUCAUGAAGGGGUUGACAGAGCUCAUGCAACCGAACUUCGAGCUGCUUCUUGGACCCAUCUGCUUACCUCUUGUGGAUCGUUUUAUUCAACUUUUGAAGGUGGCACAAGCAAGUUCUAGCCAGUAUUUCCGGGAAUCUAUACUCAAUGAUAUCAGGAAAGCUCGUAAUUUAUACACUGGUAAAGAAUUGGCAGCUGAGUUGGCAAGAAUUCGGCAGCGAGUAGAUAAUAUCGAAGUCUUGACAGCAGAUAUUGUCAUAAAUCUGUUACUUUCCUACAGAGAUAUCCAGGACUAUGAUUCUAUUGUGAAGCUGGUGGAGACUUUAGAAAAACUGCCAACGUUUGAUUUGGCCUCCCAUCACCAUGUGAAGUUUCAUUAUGCAUUUGCACUGAAUAGGAGAAAUCUCCCUGGAGACAGAGCAAAAGCUCUUGAUAUUAUGAUUCCCAUGGUGCAAAGUGAAGGACAAGUUGCUUCAGAUAUGUAUUGCCUAGUUGGUCGAAUCUACAAAGAUAUGUUUUUGGACUCUAAUUUCACAGACACGGAAAGCAGAGACCAUGGAGCUUCUUGGUUCAAAAAGGCAUUUGAAUCUGAGCCAACACUACAGUCAGGAAUUAAUUAUGCGGUCCUCCUCCUGGCAGCUGGGCACCAGUUUGAAUCUUCCUUUGAGCUCCGGAAAGUUGGGGUGAAGCUAAGUAGUCUUCUUGGUAAAAAGGGAAACUUGGAGAAACUCCAGAGCUACUGGGAAGUUGGAUUUUUUCUGGGGGCCAGUGUCCUAGCCAAUGACCACAUGAGAGUCAUUCAAGCAUCUGAAAAGCUUUUUAAACUGAAGACACCAGCGUGGUACCUCAAGUCUAUUGUAGAGACAAUUUUGAUAUAUAAGCAUUUUGUGAAACUGACCACAGAACAGCCUGUGGCCAAGCAAGAACUUGUGGACUUUUGGAUGGAUUUCCUGGUCGAGGCCACAAAGACAGAUGUUACUGUGGUUAGGUUUCCAGUAUUAAUAUUAGAACCAACCAAAAUCUAUCAGCCUUCUUAUUUGUCUAUCAACAAUGAAGUUGAGGAAAAGACAAUCUCUAUUUGGCACGUGCUUCCUGAUGACAAGAAAGGUAUACAUGAGUGGAAUUUUAGUGCCUCUUCUGUCAGGGGAGUGAGUAUUUCUAAAUUUGAAGAAAGAUGCUGCUUUCUUUAUGUGCUCCACAAUUCUGAUGAUUUCCAAAUCUAUUUCUGUACAGAACUUCAUUGUAAAAAGUUUUUUGAGAUGGUGAACACCAUUACCGAAGAGAAGGGGAGAAGCACAGAGGAAGGAGACUGUGAAAGUGACUCGCUGGAGUAUGACUAUGAAUAUGAUGAAAAUGGUGACAGAGUCGUUUUAGGAAAAGGCACUUACGGGAUAGUCUACGCAGGUCGGGACUUGAGCAACCAAGUCAGAAUUGCUAUUAAGGAAAUCCCAGAGAGAGACAGCAGAUACUCUCAGCCCCUGCAUGAAGAAAUAGCAUUGCAUAAGCACCUGAAGCACAAAAAUAUUGUCCAGUAUCUGGGCUCUUUCAGUGAGAAUGGUUUCAUUAAAAUCUUCAUGGAGCAGGUCCCUGGAGGAAGUCUUUCUGCUCUCCUUCGUUCCAAAUGGGGUCCAUUAAAAGAUAAUGAGCAAACAAUUGGCUUUUAUACAAAGCAAAUACUGGAAGGAUUAAAAUAUCUCCAUGACAAUCAGAUAGUUCACCGCGACAUAAAGGGUGACAAUGUGUUGAUUAAUACCUACAGUGGUGUUCUCAAGAUCUCUGACUUCGGGACAUCAAAGAGGCUUGCUGGCAUAAACCCCUGUACUGAAACUUUUACUGGUACCCUCCAGUAUAUGGCACCAGAAAUAAUAGAUAAAGGACCAAGAGGCUAUGGAAAAGCAGCAGACAUCUGGUCUCUGGGCUGUACAAUCAUCGAAAUGGCCACAGGAAAACCCCCAUUUUAUGAACUGGGAGAACCACAAGCAGCUAUGUUCAAGGUGGGAAUGUUUAAAGUCCACCCUGAGAUCCCAGAAUCCAUGUCUGCAGAGGCCAAGGCAUUUAUCCUGAAAUGUUUUGAACCAGACCCUGACAAGAGAGCCUGUGCUAACGACUUGCUUGUUGAUGAGUUUUUAAAAGUUUCAAGCAAAAAGAAAAAGACACAACCUAAGCUUUCAGCUCUUUCAGCUGGAUCAAAUGCAGAAUAUCUCAGGAGUAUAUCUUUGCCAGUACCUGUGCUGGUGGAGGACACCAGCAGCAGCAGUGAGUACGGCUCAGUUUCACCUGACACGGAGUUGAAAGCGGACCCCUUCUCUUUCAAAACGAGAGCCAAAUCCUGCGGAGAAAGAGAUGUCAAGGGAAUUCGGACACUCUUUUUGGGCAUUCCAGAUGAGAAUUUUGAAGAUCACAGUGCUCCCCCUUCCCCUGAAGAAAAAGAUUCCGGAUUUUUCAUGCUGAGGAAGGACAGUGAGAGGCGAGCCACCCUUCACAGGAUCCUGACGGAAGACCAAGACAAAAUUGUGAGAAAUCUAAUGGAAUCUUUAGCUCAGGGGUCUGAAGAACCGAAACUAAAAUGGGAACACAUCACAACCCUCAUUGCAAGCCUCAGAGAAUUUGUGAGAUCCACUGACCGAAAAAUCAUAGCCACCACAUUGUCAAAGCUGAAACUGGAGCUGGACUUUGACAGCCAUGGCAUUAGCCAAGUCCAGGUGGUGCUCUUUGGUUUUCAAGAUGCUGUCAAUAAAGUUCUUCGGAAUCAUAACAUCAAGCCGCACUGGAUGUUUGCCUUAGACAGUAUCAUCCGGAAGGCGGUGCAGACAGCCAUUACCAUCCUGGUUCCAGAACUAAGGCCACAUUUCAGCCUUGCAUCUGAGAGUGAUACUGCUGAUCAAGAAGACUUGGAUGUAGAAGAUGACCAUGAGGAACAGCCUUCAAAUCAAACUGUCCGAAGACCUCAGGCUGUCAUUGAAGAUGCCGUGGCUACCUCAGGCGUGAGCACGCUUAGUUCUACUGUGUCUCAUGAUUCCCAGAGUGCUCACCGGUCACUGAAUGUACAGCUUGGAAGGAUGAAAAUAGAAACCAAUAGAUUACUGGAAGAAUUGGUUCGGAAAGAGAAAGAGUUACAAGCACUCCUUCAUCGAGCUAUUGAAGAAAAAGACCAAGAAAUUAAACACCUGAAGCUUAAGUCCCAACCCAUAGAAAUUCCUGAACUGCCUGUAUUUCACCUAAAUUCUCCUGGCACAAAUACUGAAGAUUCUGAGCUUACCGACUGGCUGAGAGUGAAUGGAGCGGAUGAAGACACUAUAAGCCGGUUUUUGGCUGAAGAUUAUACACUAUUGGAUGUUCUCUACUAUGUUACACGUGAUGACUUAAAAUGCUUGAGACUAAGGUACCACUUUUCUUUCUGUUGUCACGAUAGAAAGAGUACCGGGCUAAUAUAAGAAAGUCUGAGUACCUGCCCAGGCUGGGUCUCUAAUUAGCUUUGCAGUUCUGGACAGAGCUCUCUAGUUCUUAACUGCUCUGAGUAAACUGAGUUAGUUGGACCACUCUAUUGUU